AAAAAAGCAGAAGUUGAUGAAUAUAAAAAUAUAUAUGUAUGUCAGACUGACAACAUAAACCCUCAUAUCGCACUGAAAUUCACCUAAUCAUUCAUCUGAUCGUCAUUGUGCAUAUCGAAAUGUCUGCUGACCAUUUAGAGUUUUUGAAGAGCAAGUUCAUGGAGGAUUUGCGAGACGCCGAGGAGGAGCACACGGGAGAAAAUGAGAUUCCCCUCCAUUCUCGUUUUCUACAGAUUCGAGAUGUGUUGCAAGAUAAGCGCUUCACGCCAUCAACACCGAUUAGAACGAAGGAUUGUCUGUACAAUGCUAUCGGCGCAUUGGAAGAGUGCGUCAUCUUGUCGGCUAAGCGUGAACCACGGAAGAAGGAUGACCCCCUCCAUGGCUACACUCUGGCGGAGCUCUGGCUUCUUUUCAGAACCAAAAAGCUGUUGCUGAAGAUAAAGAAAAAGCUUGUCAAUACAAGGGAGGAUGUCGUUGAAAGUUCACUUGCUAGCACCAGCGCUAUUGCUGCAGCCAGUUCAUCCUCCACCUCCUUACCGGUAUUUAUUCCAAGACCAAAAGACCUUGAUUGGGAAUAUAGGUGGAGAAAUACAUGUUUUGAUGAACAAGAGGAUGAGAUUAUAGAUGAGCUUGUGGAUGGCAAGAAAUGGGGCAAAGGUUUAAUUGGAAUUGUGGGUAUAGGGGGCUCCGGUAAGACAACCCUUGCCCAAUUAGUUUUUACUAACCACAAGGUGGUGGAUUUCUUCCAUUACAGAAUCUGGAUUUGCUUAUCUCAAAAACUGAAUGCUAGGGAUGGAGAUGAAAAUCUUAAGGAGAUGGUGAGAGAGAUGAUGAAGCAAUGUGCGGAUGUGGAAGAAAGCAAGGACAAAUAUGACAGGCUGCAAGACGUGGAUGAAGAUGCUCUGUUGGAGAAUCUUAAAAGUGUGUUGAUGGGGAACAAGUAUUUGAUGGUAUUUGACGGCAUAUGGGACAUUAAGAUGGACUGGUAUUUGAAGUUGGGUGACAAGUUAGAGUGGUUUGAUAAUCACAAAGUCAAAGAAAGAGAAAGAGAAAGAGAGAGUAGUGCAGGCGUGAUCAUCACAACCAGACUCCCCCACAUCCCCAAACAGAUGGGGAUGCCUUUGCAUCACAUGGCCCCUCCAUCCCCAACAACGUUUCUGUACGAACGAAGUCUUAAAGAUGCUGGCUUUGCAACGAAAGAGGCUCAGAAAAUGGAAGAUGACAUUAUACAGCAGUGUGAUGGCCUCCCAUUAGCUGCGGAGAUAUUGUCGAAGAUAAUUCCAAAUCUAAUCUUGGGAGACAGUUACAAAAUAUUACAUCAAUUUUUUUUGGUGGCAAUGGUUAACUCUGAAGACGAUGCUAUAUUAGGAAAGGAUUUUUUUUUACAAUUGCAUGACCUCACAGAUGAUGAUGUUGAUAAGGUUGUUGAUGUUUCAAAACUUCCUCUUCUUGAUAUGUUAGAGAUACUCAAUCAACAUACAUAUUUGACAGAAAGAGUUAUGAAGGAUAAGUACAAAAAGACACUAAAACUACUAGUCGUGAGUGGGGAUGCUAAAGCUAAUAGGCUCCUACAACUCAUCAACAAUUUAAAAAUUGAUCCAAAACCACCAAUUGCCAUACUGUCUUUGGGAUCUCAAACUAACUUUUCCCUUUCACUAGGAUGGAAAAAUCAUACUCCAACUCAUGCAAACAUCACCAAUGUGUCAUUGUUCUUGCAAAAAGUGUAUGCUGCAGAAGAAAGGGUUAUAGAUAGUUGGGAUUUUCUAAUGAGGAUGACGAUGAUUCCAAACAGCUUGCUACAGGCUUUUUCAUAUCCUAGUACUUCUGAAGCAGAUUUGACCCAUAUGGGCGGAUACAAAGAAUUCAGAACAACAUUUUGGAGCUACUUUAUCAUUGGAAUGGGUGAUCGAGAAUGGUUUGCUUCUUCUUCCCAUGAAAAAAAGGACGAAGUAUUCACUAAUUCUUGUUGUAAAUCAUGGCCAAGGAUUGAUGUUUUACCCAUGAGCAUUAAGGUAAAGGAUCAACAGGGACAAUGGAAGGAAAUAAACAUACCUCACAGCAUCAAGUCAAUUGUUUGUCUUAACUUGCCAUGCUUUCUCGGUGAAGUAGACCCAUGGGAACGAUCAAAUGUAAAGAAAAAAAGAGAAAGAAAAUUUACGCCCUCUUUUGUAGAUGAUGGACUUCUUGAGGUGAUCGGUUUUAAAGACUCUUGGCAUGGUUGUGGAACCCGUCUUGCACAGGUGGAUCGAAUCCGCUUUGAUCUUUACAAAGCUGCUGCUAACCAUAUUUACAUGAACAUUGAUGGGAACAUAUGGAAGCAGCCCCUUCCCAUUGAUGAUGACUCAUUUCUGAUUGAAAUCUCUCAUUUGGGUACCACUAAAAUGCUUAUGACUUCAAGUUCAAAGUGCAAAUUCAAAAAGCAAUCUCCUCCUGGUAGUCCAAAGAUGGUUAAGCUUUCUAAAAAGUGAAAGUGACUGAUAUUUUUAGAAGGCAAUGAUGGUUUGGAAGUACUUUAUAAGAACUAUAUACUGUAACAACCUAGAUAUCAUUUAUCUAUGUUUAAUAUUUGUAAUGUUA